AGAAAUCCGAAGAGCAGAAGGAGUAGUUGUAUGGCGGUAUUAUUGCUGAUUUCUGUAUUAGCAACCAUAGAGUGACGACUUGUAGAUAAAUCUCUUUUGGUUGGAGGUAUCGAAAUGACGUCUUCAGUUGUUUAUAAUCAGCCGGCGCAGAAGGUUCGACCUCGGCAUCCACUGAUGACCUCCAAACCAUCUUAAAACAGCAGACAUCCCAACUACAUCUACAAUUGCCCCUCACCGGCUCACCAGCUCCUGCUACGACCCAAAUGUCCGUCGAGCCUCUCCGCAAGUUCUUCUCCGCCGCCCAAUACGCCGUCGUGGGCGCGUCCACCGACACAUCAAAGUACGGCAACAAAAUCCUCAAAUGGUACGUCGACCACAGCCUCCCCGCCACAGGCGUAAACCCGCGCGAACCCACAGUCUACGGCAUCAAAUCCGCGCCGUCGCUCGACGCGCUCCUCAGCCAGAUCGGACCAAAUGCGCAGCUCUCGGUCAGUAUCGUCACGCCGCCGCGCGUCAGCGAGGAGGCGGUCAGGCAGCUGGCUGAGAUCGGACAAGAUAAGAUUAAGGGCGUGUGGUUGCAGCCGGGCAGUUUCGACAAGUCGACGCUGGCGGCUGCGGGCAAGGAUCUGAAUGUUAUCGCGGGGGGAAGAUGUGUGUUGGUCGAAGGUGAAGCUGGAUUACAUGCGGUUGGGAAGCUGUAGCCGUUCUCUCCCUACUCAUGAUCCUCACCACCAUCUACGACCACCUCCGCCCGCAUCGCGAUAGUAAUAAAUAAAACUUCUCAAUCAGAUGAAAAAUAUAGAGGAGUAUUUAAUACAAAAAAAAAGAAAAAAAUAUCGAAUCUCCGGAGCGUGACUCGAACACGCGAUUUUCAGAUAAUCGAUUAACCAUUACAGUCUGACGCCUUACCAGCUUG